AUGGCUUCACUAGUCGCAGCCGCCGGCGCCAUCGCCAUAGCCACGACCAGUCAGUCGCAGGGCAUCCAGCGGCUGCUCCAGGCGGAGAAGCCGGCCGCCGAGAAGGUGUCCGAGGCCCGCAAGCGAAAGAACCGGAGGUUGAAGCAGGCCAAAAAAGAAGCCCAGGCUGAAAUUGAACAGUACCGCCUACAGAGGGAGAAGGAGUUCAAGGCCAAGGAAUCUGCGGCUCUGGGAUCCCAUGGCAGUUGCAGCACUGAAGUAGAGAAGGACACCCAGGAGAAGAUGACCAUCCUUCAGACCUACUUCCGGCAGAAUAGGGAUGAAGUCUUGGAUAACCUCUUGGCCUUUGUCUGCGACAUCCGGCCAGAAAUCCAUGAGAACUACCGCAUAAAUGGAUAGAGGGAGAAAAAAAGUGCCUGUUCCGUGGAUUGGCGUUUUGAAUGCCUUCAUGGAACAUGAGGCUUCAUUUAGCAAGGCUUGAGUUAUAUCUUAUGAAAAGGCAUUAAAUUAUUUCUGUACAUUAUAUAGUAGGUCCCUUCACUUUUUGCAGAAUCGCAAAGGUAGAUUCUUUGUACAGGCUUAGAGCUUAUCCAAAGAGUGUAUCUUUUUACCUCAUAUUUCUUA